GUAUUAAAAAAAAAAACCUAAACCCAAUACAUUUUCAAAAUGUCCAUUUUGUUUUCUAGAUUUUUUUAACCCUCCCAAACCAUUUGGAAACCCCAAGAAAAAAGACCCUCCUUGAUGAACUCAACUUUGAUUCUUUUAGUCAUCACAAUUCACACCAAAUCCUCAAUUUGCUUUUCUCCUCCUUAUCAUAACCCACAAAAGCAAUAACAAAUCCCCACUUUUUAUUUUUACACUUGUUCUCUCCCGUUUUUCUUUACCUUUUUCACUCUCCAGUCUGUGAACUUUCAAAGUCAGGGUUUUUCUCUUCAAUUUCUUUGCUUUCUGAAUUUAUUGUGCAAGAGGAGCUGUAAGUGUCGAAUGAUUCAAUGAUAUGGGUAUUGGGUUUUUUAUUUGGACACUUUGUCAGUUUCCACGAAAAAAUCUAAAUGGGUUUUGUGUCUUUGUAUCUGAUAUGUUCCAUUUAUUGUCCCUUGAAGUUCCCUUAGAUCUGUUUGCAGCUGUUCUCGAUCCACCGCUGUAUUCAAGGCAUACCAGCCUCACGCAAGGUCAGAUCAUCACAUUUUCGACUUCAUAUCUGUGAAUAUGUUUUCUUCAGUUUUAAUUGAUGGGAGGGUUCGUUUAUUUUUACGAGUAUAUUUGCCACUAGAAUAUUGAUUAACUAAAGUUGCGGUUUGAGUUACCUAAGCUGGUCUUGGGUUUCAAUACUCGGAGCUUGAGAAUUUGAUGAUGCGUGUUUACCAGAGAAAUCAUAGGGUGCUCGAGGGGUUUGAUGGGUUUUUGCUAUUUCGUAUGAGUUAUUUUAUUCUGCAUUUACUUAUGGUGCAAAGUAAUAGAGACCACCUUCCAUAUCAGAGGUUUUGUUUCUGAGGCUUACAGAGAUAAAUGGGUAACGGCACCUCCCGUGUCGUGGGUUGCUUUGUGCCGUUUAAUGGGAAAAGUGGAGUGGAUUUGGAGUUUCUAGAGCCACUUGAUGAAGGGUUAGGCCAUUCAUUUUGUUAUGUUAGGCCAUCCAUAUUUGACUCUCCUGCCAUCACCCCAUCAAAUUCUGAGAGGUUUACUGUUGAUUCAAGCACUCUUGAUUCUGAAACCCUUAGUGGGUCGUUUAGACAUGAUGUGAUAGAUGAUCCCUCACUUCUACAUAGACCUAUCAAGAGCUUACCAGAAACCACAUUUAGAACCAUCUCAGGGGCUUCAGUUAGUGCCAAUGUUUCUACUGCGAGGACUGGUAACCAGAAUGCAUUAUUCGCCUUCGAUGUGCAGGAACCGGCUGCUUCAUUCGAGAGCACAUCCUCAUUUGCUGCAAUCCCAUUGCAGCCAGUUCCUCGUUGUUCGGGACCUUUGAAUGGUUUCCUUUCUGGACCUCUUGAGAGAGGUUUUGCUUCUGGUCCUCUGGAAAGGGGAAGUGGUUUUAUGUCUGGGCCAAUUGAGAAGGGAGUAAUGUCAGGUCCGGUUGACGCUACUGACAAAUCCAACUUCUCUGCUCCACUUGCAUGUGGGCGCAGAAGACCUCGCUUUCAUCGUCUCAUGAGAAGUGUUAGUGGGCCAAUGAAAAGUACUCUCUCAAGGACAUUCUCAAAACAUUCAAUCAGGUCUGGUUGGAUGCAACGGUUUUUCUUGCAUCCAGUGACUCAACUCGCCUGGCAUCCUAGGGAAACAAAGUUCCGACCAGAAGCCCGGAGGAACUGCCUUGAAGGGGGACCAUCAGAAGGGGAUUAUGGGAACAGCAGCAACUUGCAAUGGGCUCAUGGGAAGGCUGGUGAAGACAGGGUUCAUGUCGUGCUUUCUGAAGAACAAGGAUGGUUGUUUAUUGGAAUAUAUGAUGGUUUUAGUGGGCCAGAUGCACCGGAUUUUCUGAUGAGCAAUCUUUACAGAGCAAUAGACAAGGAACUGGAGGGACUACUUUGGGACUAUGAGGAUAAACCUAAGAAUGAUUCCCUUAAACCUGAACUUCUUAAGAGUGCAAAUGCCAAGCCUGGUUCAGAAUGCUGCAAGGAAGACCAUCCAUAUUCAGGUCAAGUAACUUCUAGUAGUUUAGAAGAAUCACAGAAUUCUGGGAUUGUCCUGGUCCAGUCAUCUAGCUGUGAGAUACUUGAGGAAAGAGUUGAAGAUAGGAGUGGUACUGUACUCGAAUCUUCUAAUUGUGAAGAACCCAGAAUGUUGAGUGCUGCAUCUGUUUCUGUUCCAUCUGCGAACUUGUCUGGUCAAGGCAGAAGAAGCAUGAGGCUUUAUGAGUUGCUUCAGUUGGAGUCUUGUGAUGGACAAGGUUCUGAGUUAUUAUCAGCAGUUGAGAAGCGAAAAGAGAGUUCGGGGGGUUGUCAGCCAAGUUCAGAUACAUUGAGUUCUGGGGAAAUGGUACAUGUAGAACAGCUAAGAUCUUGUUCGCAAAAUCUCAAAGGAGAUAGCUGCAGUAAUCAGGGGGAAGAUCCCACUAUUUCAGGGGAAGGUGGAGUUGUGCCUGAAUCUAUCAAUCGAAGUGUCACAUGUAAUCUUUCUGUUUCAGAGAAAAGACAUAAUACGAGAUCUUCAUUUGGUACAAAGAUUAGAAGAAUAUAUCAAAAGCAGAAGUCGUUGCGCAAGAAACUUUUUCCUUGGAAUUAUGAUUGGCACAGAGAAGAGGCGUACAUUGAAGAGAGAAUGGACGUACCAUCUGGACCUAUUAGGAGAUGUAAAUCAGGUGUAAUUGAUCAUGAUGCAGUUCUUAGAGCAAUUGCACGAGCACUUGAAAGAACCGAGGAGGCUUACAUGGAAAUGGUGGAAAAGGCUCUUGAUAGAAAUCCAGAACUUGCUUUGAUGGGGUCAUGUGUUCUAGUGAUGUUAAUGAAGGAUCAAGAUGUUUAUGUCAUGAACCUUGGAGAUAGCCGUGCCAUUUUGGCUGAAGAAAGAUCGAAUGAUCGCUAUCCCAACCCCAAUUUUGUAAAGGAUGAUGUGCGGCAUAGGAACAGAUCCAGAGAGUUAUUAGUACGCAUGGAACUGGAUAGAAUAUCAGAGGAAUCCCCAAUGCAUAAUCAGAAUAAUCAGUUGAAUUUGAUCAAUAAAAAUCGAGAAGUCAACAUCUGCAGAUUGAAGAUGAGAGCUGUUCAACUUUCCUCUGAUCACAGCACAAGCAUUGAAGAGGAAGUUCUCAGAAUAAUGGCAGAACAUCCUGAUGACAGCCAAGCUGUUUUGAAUGAUCGGGUGAAGGGGCAAUUAAAAGUCACUAGAGCUUUUGGUGCAGGGUUUCUAAAGAAGCCAACUUGUAAUGAAGCUCUACUAGAAAUGUUUCGUAUUGAUUAUGUCGGAAGUUCUCCCUAUCUAAGCUGCAUUCCUUCUGUUCGCCAUCACCGACUUUCCUCCAGCGACCAGUUUUUGGUACUCUCCUCUGAUGGGCUUUACCAAUACUUCAGCAAUGAAGAGGUUGUUGCUCAUGUAACAUGGUUCAUGGAAAACGUCCCUGAAGGUGAUCCUGCUCAGUACCUCAUUGCAGAGCUUCUCUUCCGCGCAGCAAAAAAGAAUGGAAUGGAUUUUCAUGAAUUGCUUGAUAUUCCUAAUGGAGAUCGACGCAAAUAUCAUGACGAUGUCUCUGUUAUGGUGGUUUCUCUGGAGGGAAGGAUUUGGAGAUCAUCUGGGUAAUUAUUUUCUCAUUGGUUGCUCAUUGAUUGUUUCUUCAACUAUGUAACAAUUCUUUCAAGCAAAGAUAGAGCUUCUAUGGCAUCCUUCGGAAGUAGAAUCACUGUCUUGACAUUUUCUGUGAAAGCUUCCUUUUUUUUUUGCAAUUUUCCUUCGUCUCAUUCUGGUAUAAGAUUAGUUUACACCAGGCAGUUGUGAUCUCUGCCCAUUCCGCUAAAAGGCUUACCACCUUUUUCAGAACGCGGGUUGAUUGAGUGGUAAAUUGGCAGGAUAAACUAUCCUUAAAGACGGGAUUGAGCUUGACUUCGAUGUUUACUUGA